GAUUUAAACUUGUUUAUUUUAGGUCAACUUUAGAUGAUUAUCAAGACAUAAUGAAUUAAGAGAUGUUUGUUCUAUCAUUUUUAAAUUGACACUCAUAAAUUUAAUCCACCAAUUUUAUAAACAUCAUUACAUCAUGUUAUUAAUUUUGUCUUAAGGUUGAUUUUAGCCGGCUACUUCCAGAAUUCUUGUAUUCGUAGCAAUGAAACUAUUUUUUAUGUGCAAAAGCACGUGUUGUUUCUUAUUGGGUGUUUGGCAAGUAUCUCUGAUUAAAUGAUUUAUUUAAUUUGUCUAACCAACUAGUAACAUUAGGGAGGUGUUUGACAGCUAGCUUUUUUAUUGGUUUUUGGAUUAUUAGCUAGUCAAAUAGACAACAAAAUAAGAGUUGUGGUAAACGAUUUUAAAGUCAAAACUAAAAAGCUAUGAGGAGUAGUUUUUUUCAUUGGCUUUGACUCUUUAAUAAACACUUUCAUGAUAGUUUUAAACGACUGGCUUGAACUGUUGGCUUAUUAGUCAAUGUUUUUUAGUUGCUCAAACCAAACAACUUCAACCAGUAGUUAUUUGCCAAACAAACCUUACUUUUUGUUUGCUAAUAAGCCAAGUGUAUAUGUUGGGAGAUCUGUUGCUCUAAUAAUAUUAGAGUAAAAUUGGGUCAAGAAGCCGAAAAUAAAAACAUAACAUCUUUUUAACUGCUUAACCGACCAGAUAGCCAAAAUCAAACCAAGAACCCAUUUUCAAACACCGUAGCCAAAAUCAAGCACAUUAUUCUUCUAUCAAAUACUAUCAUUCUAGUCUAAGUUCUGAAGACUCCUUCAAGCUAACCAUUGAUUACCAACUACUCUUAACUCUGUCAUUCUAGUCCACCUACCCAAGAUUCCACCUACCCAAGAUGUUGAAACGUGCAUACAGCAUACACACUAGUUUUCUUCUUGUCAAACCAUUAGUUUAAUCAAUUGAUGUAGCAAGUGAAAUUGACAAAAAUAUAUUUACAGAUAAUAUCUUAAGGAUAUGAAUCAAGUGGGAAAAAAGAAUUACUAAGGUUUUAGGUAUAUAUAACAAAAUCUUAAAUAUUUACACACAUAAAAUCAACAUUUAGGAGAUAUGGGUUGACUUUUCUUGUUGAAGUUAAAUUCUUAUUAUCUUUAGGUAAUGAAAUUAUUAAGGACUAAACUGUAUGAUUUGAACUAGUAAAACUUCCUUAGCAUGAACUUGUUGAUGUGAAGCGCAGCAUCCAUGAAAACAUGUUCUUUAGGCCAAAGUUCCACCAAAAAAUGUCUUUCUUCUGUAAAUUUAUUUGUCUGAGUUUUUUCCUAUUCUUUCAGCUAUGUCAUCUUGUAUUUUCAGAGCCCCAAUUUGCUAGCUCAUUCUGUAUAAAAAAGAGUGGAUCAUACACAAAGAACAGCCUGUAUUGGACUAAUCUGAGUCUCGCUUUCUCGAAUUUAACAUCUGCAUCAUCAGUGCGCGGGUUUUCCAACUUCACUUCAGGUGACGGUGUUGACAAGGUUUAUGCUCUCUUCUAUUGCAGAGGUGACCUGAAACAUGCAGAUUGUCGCGACUGUGUUGAAACUGCUAUAACAAGGAUUUUGUUCGAGUGUACCAACGAGAAGGAAGCAAUCGUUUUUUUCGAGGAAUGCACAUUUCGUUUUGCUAAUCGCUCUAUCUUUUCCCUAGAGGAGGAAGAUCCAAAUGAUUGGUCUUACAGUAAAGAUAUGGUUCCUGAUAAAGAUCAGUUCAAUGAUGUACUUACAGCAGCAAUAAGUGACCCUAUUAAUCAAGCCGCGUUUAAUAAGUCUAGCAAUGGUUUUGCUACAGGAAUUACAGCGAAUUCAUCUACGAAUCAGACUGUAUAUUGUCUUGCACAAUGUACACCGGACAUUCUUGGCAAUUCAUGCCUUAAAUGCCUUGAAGCAGCACUUGGGAACUUGCUUGAUGAGGGGAAAACUAAGAUGAGUCUUUUCAUGCCUAGUUGUCAGGUUAUGUAUUCUCUUGCUCCUUUCUUCGAUAAUGGAACUGCACCGAGUUCUUCACCAGUUAAUCCUGCUCUCGAUUCUCCUGCUAAUGCACCGUCUUCUAGAGUUUCCCCUCAAUCCCGAAAAAAUACGAAACUGUACGUUGGUGUAGGAGUUGGUGCUGCUGCGUUAGGAUUGCUUGUUAUUCUCUUUUCUAUUUGGUUUUGGAUGCGUAGGAGAAGGGAAAUUAUGGAAAGUCAAAAAGAUAAGCAUGAAGAGAAGAAAGGCCAACAGUUUGCAGACAAUGUGAACAAUACAUUUACUUAUGAAGAACUGGCUAUAGCAACUGAUAACUUCUCAGAUGUCAAUCUUCUUGGUCAAGGUGGUUUUGGAUAUGUCCAUAAAGGAGUCUUGCCUAAUGGCAAAAUGAUUGCUGUCAAACAGUUGAAAACUGGAAGUAGACAGGGGGAACGUGAGUUUCAGGCUGAGGUUGAGACAAUUAGCCGUGUGCAUCACAGGCAUCUAGUUUCCCUUGUUGGAUAUUGCAUAUUUGGAGAUCAUCGGUUACUUGUAUACGAAUUCAUCCCGAACAAGACCUUAGAGUUCCAUUUACGCGAAGGAAUACCACCUUUGAGUUGGGGCACAAGGUUGAAAAUUGCUAUUGGUGCCGCGAAAGGAUUGGCAUAUCUUCAUGAAGAUUGUCAUCCGAAGAUUAUUCAUCGAGAUAUAAAGGCAGCAAAUAUUCUUAUUGAUAACGAGUUUGAAGCGAAGGUUGCAGAUUUUGGGCUAGCAAAGUUUUUUUCGGAAACAGAAACUCAUGUUACCACUAGAGUCAUGGGAACUUUCGGCUACCUUGCUCCAGAGUACGCUGCAAGCGGGAAACUUACUGAUAAGUCUGAUGUCUUCUCAUUCGGGGUUUUGCUUCUGGAAAUAAUAACAGGGCGUAAACCUGUUGAUAGAUUCCGUCCUUUCGUAAAUGAUAAUAUGGUUGAAUGGGCGAGGCCUUUGCUAGCACAAGCACUAGAAGGCGAACAUUGCAGUGAUCUUGUUGAUCCAAAAUUGAAGGACUAUAAUCCUUAUGAAUUGAAUCAAAUGAUUGCUUGCGCUGCUGCAUGUGUUCGUGCUUCUGCAAAGCAACGACCUCGUAUGAGUCAGGUAGUACAAGCUCUGGAGGGGAAUUUGUUAGCUGAUGAUCUGCUGAAAGAAAGGCAAGAACAAAGUACUGGCGAAUACAGUUCAUUAUCAAGUGAGCACGGUGUUCCUGCGUCUUCCUCGAGUACUGAAUUUCAAGAAAGUUCACUAUAUAUACAUGGUAGAUGAUCUAGAACGUUCUGUUGGAUGAAUUCGAUCAACCUCCGAAUGUUUAAUGUAAUGUAAUCAAGGGCAUGUCAAAUAGCUUAGCAUCUCCCAAGUCCCAACUAUAUAACUGAUACAAACUUCUAAUAGCUUAGGGCCUGUCAUGAUCUAGAAAUUUAACAGGUGUUAAAGGAAAUAUUAAAAAAAAAAAGCACGUCUUGUAUGAGACUGUUUCACCGUGAGAUUGCCCAUACAAGCAGCCCAAUAGUAAAAAAACAAAAAAAAAAAAAAACAUUGAAAACUGAAUUUACACUUAUACAGGAAGCGAUUAUUUUUUUAAAAUAGUUUGGGCCGACCCGAUUAAAGUCGUCUCAUGAUGAGACAACCUCAAUAAAGAAUUAAUGAUUAAAAGAAUAUAUUACAUAUCUAAAGUUGUCAAUAAG